UGCGGGGGUCAAUAGAAAGGCAUGGUGGGAAGGGUGUUGAGGUAGAUUUCCGCCGCUUGUCGCUCAGUUAGGAAAGUUUGUGAACACACAGUUUCCAUCAUGGGGAGGGUAGUAGCCCUCGUCGGGUGUUUUUUCGUUGCAGGUGCUGUAGGUUGUAUGCUGCUUGCGUUCGCCAGCCCGUACUGGGUGGAAUCUUUCGGCGAGUUCGCUGACAACCGAUUUGUGAAGGCAGGUCUCUGGGAGUUUUGUUUCGACGACUACACCUUUUAUAAGGACCACAAUGGCAAACGUUACCUUGGCUGCUUUUACAUCUUCUCGCAAGAAAUCAGACCUCUUUGGGAGUGGCUUUCACCUCCCUGGUUUGUGGCAAUGCAAGUGAUGGUGAGCCUGUCAUUGCUGGUUCAAGUACUCGAUGCCAUCUGCUUGGUUUUAUAUAUCUUCAGGCUGUUUCCCGACUAUCUCAACGCAUCUGUUCUUAAGGGCUCAUCCAUAGUCAUGCUAUUUGCAUUGGCAAUUAUAUUUGUUGUGCUGGUGGUGUUUGGAGUGAAGAAGGAGGACAGGAACUGGGUGCCACGACCUGAUAUGAACUACUUGUCCUGGUCAUAUGGUCUUUGCUGUAUCUCAGGAUUUGCCACUCUGUUUGCUGCAUUGGCUCUCUACAAAGCAUCUCAGCAAGAGGAUGAAAAGGACCCAUACAACUAUCCCAAGAACACAUGAUCUGAGUGCACAGAAGGCAGAUGAGAGAGAGAUUUUGAAAGACUAUCAAGUUAAGAGAACUUUAAAUUGUUACAUCUUUCUUUAAUUCAACAUAUGCAGAACUAAAAAUUUUAUGGAAUCUUAGUUUAGUUUACAUUGUACUUGAACACAUUUUGAAAAGAACCUAAAGAUACUUUUGGCCUGAUAUGCCAAUUUGGCCACUAUUUUUGAAGCAGCUGCAGAGUGAGAUUAGCAGUGUUGAUUACCAAGAAGUAAACAUCUAUGUUUGUAAAUAGGUGUAUUAAUGUAUGUAUGGUAUUUGCAUGUGUGUGAUGUGUGAUUAGCUCUGGUUUAUAUGGAUACACUAUUGGUUAGCAAAUCAAACCAUGUUCCACCUUUAUUAUAUUAUUUUUUUAAAAUGUUUUUUUCUAUAAUCUGAAAGGUUUUCAAGUGUAAAUAUAUAUCUACAUGACACCAUUUAUCACAAGAAAUCUAAAUAUCAUGAUAGUGUCCUUAUUUUGGGGGCAGGAGCAAAGUGUAUAAAUCAAUGAAAAUCAGCACUCUAGGCCAGGGUGUCUUUUUGGUGAACAUGGUGUAAGAUAGCUGUGUACUGUCCCUACGUUGGUCUGUAAUAUGCAAUUACCUGGGGUACAGUGUGUUAAUGAUAGGCUACAAUUACAGCAACUAUGCAUACACACAUUAUGAACACUUUAAAGAAUUCCAAUAACUAGAUUUCUUAAGUGAACAUAUCAUGUACAAAAGCAUGAGCACAAUUCGAUGGUCUGUGCCUUUCAAUAAUGAGAGAUGUGUGCAAGUGAAGUAUUGCUCAUAUGCCUUUAGUUGUGUGUAAAUGCCAGACUUUACAUAACACAUUGACAGCAUAUUUUUUUAUGUCUAUAUCACAGUGAUGCUGCAUACAUAUCAUAGCGAUGUAACUUGUAUAUCAUUUUAUGUUAGAAAUUGGUUUAUAUAAUUGUCCCCAUUAAUCUCAGACUUAAAGUGAAUUUCUCCAUGAAAAAAAUGCUGUUACAUAUUCCAUCCCGAAGUGUUUCAGAAUGUUGUAUAUAUAUAUAUGAUGACAUGAAUUUUUAUAGAUUAAAAAGUUUAAAUAAACUUUA